AUGAAUCAGUCCGUAGCAGCAGUUAAUAUAGCUACAAGUUAUCCUGAAGAAAGUACAUCUUGGCAUGAUCUGGAAAGUCUAAAUCGAAUAAGAAUGAUGAAUCGGUCCGUAGCAGCAGUAAAUAUGGCUACAAAUUAUCCUGAAGAAAGUACAUCUUGGCAUGAUCUGGAAAGUCUAAAUCGAAUAAGAAUGAUGAAUCGGUCCGUAGCAGCAGUAAAUAUGGCUACAAGUUAUCCUGAAGAAAGUACAUCUUGGCAUGAUCUGGAAAGUCUAAAUCGAAUAAGAAUGAUGAAUCAGUCCGUAGCAGCAGUAAAUAUGGCUACACGUUAUCGUCAUGAAAGUAUAUAUUGGCAUGAUCUGGAAAGUCUAAAUCGACUAAGUUCUCGUCAUGGCGGUACAAACUGGCAAGCUUUUGGAUAUCAAAUAGAUCGACAGAGAAUGAUGCAUCAGUCCGUAGCAGCAGUAAAUAAUAUGGCUACAAGAUAUCAUGAAAGAAGUACAUAUUGGUAUAUUCUUGGAUAUCGAGAUGGUGAACAAAGAAUGAUGCACGAGUCCGUAACAGCAGUAAAUAUGGCUACAAGUUAUCAUGAUGGAAGUUCAUAUUGGUACGUUCUUGGAAACCAACAUGCUGAACAAAGGACGUUUCGGAUGUAAGUUCUCCUAAUGACGCUACAAACUGGCAAAUUCUUCGUUAUCAAGUAGAUCAACAGAGAAUGAUGCAUCAAUUCGUGGCAGCAGAAAAUGUGGCUACAAGUAAUGACAGUACAACUUUGCAAGCUCCUGGAAAUCAAGAGAAUCAAUAAAA